AUGGUGAACCCUAACGAAGAUACUGAAUUUAAUGAUGCACUUCGAGCUCAAGGUAUCUUACCGCCUAAACCACCAUCACGAUCACCUUCUCCCGACAUACCACAUAUAACGCAUGAUGAUGCAGUACGAGCCAUUGCAGCGACAGCCGAUGCUGAUCAACUGGUGACGCUGCUGGAAGGGGAUAACUUGGAUUCGGACGAUGAGAGGAUGUUCGAAGAGUAUAAGAGAAAGAGAUUGGGCGAAAUGAAAAAGGAGGAGAAGAAAGGUAGAUUCGGUAGUUUGGAACCUCUCGCAAGGGAAGAUUUCGUGAAAGAGGUCACGGAAGGAAGUAAGAUCUCACCAGAUGGGGAAUUACCACAAGGUGAAGACGAUGAUAUGGACGAAGAUGAUGAAGCAAACAUAGAUAAAGGUGGAUUGAAAGGUACUGGUGUAGUGGUAUUUCUAUUCAAAGAUUCUGUACCACUCUCACAACAUCUGAGACCACUCUUACAUCAACUUGCUCCUGCACAUCCAUCAACUAAAUUCCUCUCUAUACCAGCUGGAUUAUGCAUCCCCAAUUAUCCAGAUAAGAACGUGCCUACUUUGUUGAUAUAUAGAAAUGGUGAUAUGGUAGGAAACGUCAUAGCUGGAAUGGGUUUAAAGGGAAUGAAAACAACUGUCAGAGAUCUGGAAGGAUUGUUGUUAUACUACAAAGCAAUCGAAAAACCUUCCGCUACAUUGUUACGUCAACAACAACGAGAUGAUGAUUCGGAUCUAGACGACGAUUUCGAUGAUAAAGUAGGUGGAGUGAAUGCACGAUCAACCACUAUACGGAGUGGUGGCAGUGGCUUGGGCACAGGUAGAGGACAGGCAGAAAGUGAUGGUGAUAGUGAUAGUGACUUUGAUCUGUAG